AUGCCUAACACUACUUUUAACCCCGACGCUCUCCCCGAUCUCAAGGACAAAGUGUUCAUCGUCACCGGAGGAAACUCAGGCAUAGGAUACUACACCGUAGCCCAUCUCGCAGAACAUGGCGCGCACGUAUACAUGUGCGCUCGCAACGUGGACAAGGGCACAGAAGCAAUAGCCAGAAUCAAGAACACACACCCAUCCGCCCACAUCGACCUUCUACAAAUGGAUCUCAAAGUUCUCACCAGCGUUGUCGCAGCCGCGCAACGCUUCCUCACGCUCGAGACCGCGCUGCACGGCCUCGUCAACAACGCCGGCAUCAUGGCAACGCCAUUCGAGCUGACCCAAGACGGGCACGAAGCGCAGUGGCAGACGAACUACCUAUCGCACUGGGUAUUCACACAUCACCUCCUUCCCUUGAUGCUAGCAACAUCCAAAACGCUUCCCCCCGGAAGCGUGCGCAUCGUUAAUCUCACUUCGUCCGGACACUUGCAAGCGCCGAAAGGCGGAAUUAACUUCGAUAACCCCGCGUUGAAAGAUGCGGGCGACAUGGUUCGCUACGGGCAGAGUAAGCUCGCUAACAUCCUGCAUACCAAGUCGCUUCACAAGGCGUACGGUCCGGGGUCAGCAAGCGCCACCGACAACGAGGGAGAAAUCUGGACUUCUUGUGUGCAUCCGGGGCUCGUGGAGACGAAUCUGCAAGAGGGUGUGAACAAAUCGAAUUUGGCCAUGCAGGGCAUGAUCACGGUUUUGCGAAAGACUGGUAUGUUUUGGUCGUCGGAUAGGGGCUCGUAUAAUAGUCUUUACUGUGUUGCGGGUGAUGGCAUGAAGGCGGAGCAGAGUGGCGGAUAUCUUGAGAUCUUUGGUCGCUUUGGGGAGCCAACGUGCGAGAGUAAGCCUGCGAGGAAUGCGGCGCUUGCGGAGCGGUUGGAAGAGUAUACCAAGGAGGAGAUGAAGAAGGGAGGUUGGGUUCAGUAA